CCCCAAACCAUAAGUCAUUGAAUUUUCCAAUUUUUGAAGGCUAUAUAAACCAAUACAUCGUCUUCUUCCUAACUACUCCAAAAUCAAUGAAAGAAAUUCAAUCAUGAAAACUCUAGCCAUCCUCUUGCUCUUUUACUUCACUUUCCUCUUUUAUGGAGUUCACUCAGCAAUAAUAACUAUCUCCAACAAUUGUGCAUACAAAGUCUGGGCAGCAGUUCGUACCCUCGGCAAUGGGCCUCAACUCUCAACGACUGGCUUUGAGUUACCGACAAAAGCAACCCAAUCCGUAAAUGUUCCGGCUCGGUUCAAUGGACGGCUUUGGGGCCGGACAGGAUGUUCCACCAAUUCAACCGGAAAGUUCAUAUGUGCAACUGGAGAUUGUGGCUCCGGACAAAUUUCGUGUCACGAUGCCGGAGGAAUCAUCCUGCCGGUUACUCUUGUAGAAAUCACUUUGGCAGAAGAAGGCCGUCAAGGUUACUACGAUUACUACGAUAUUAGUCUUGUCGAUGGUUUUAACGUGCCAGUGUCAAUCUCUCCACGUGGCGGUUCCGGCAAUACUUGCAUUACUGCUAGUUGUGCAAGAGAUGUGAACUCCGAUUGCCCUAAUGACUUAGCUGUUAAAGGGCAAGAUGGAAAUUCUGUGAUUGGCUGCAAAAAUGCAUGUCAAGCAUUUAAUCAGCCAGAAUAUUGUUGUACAGAAAGCUUUAAUACGCCAGAUACUUGCAAAAAACCCACAAAUUAUUCAAUGUUUUUCAAGGAUCGGUGUCCUCAAGCUUAUAGCUACGCUACUGAUUAUUUAACAAGCACGUUUUCUUGCACCAGUGGAGCUAAUUAUGAUAUCACUUUUUGUCCAGAUGGAAGAAUCUAUAAUAGGAGUUGGGCCAACUGCCCUACUGGUUUUUUAAAUUUCAGUGUAUAUAACAAUAAUUUGAGUUUUCUCCAUUAAACUUUUACCUUUUUUUCUCAUUAAA